AUGACAACUCUCCCCACGCCCCGCCACCUCAUAACCUCCAUAUUCAACACCCUAACCACCCCUCACCAACCACCCCCCAGCACCGAAUCAUCAAACCCCCUAAAAGCCCUUCCGCCAUCUCACCGCGCUCUACUCACUACGCUUCAUGUCUUAUUCCCGCCUGGGAUGUUGCUUCAAGCACUAGACUUGCUAGAUAGGGGUUUAGUUACGAAGGUUGUUUAUGUAGCUGAGGAAGGAUCAAAAGACCGAGCUGAAGAUAUAGAUGGGGAUCCAGUACAAGCACAUCUGGAAGAAUCUUCAAAGUCAAGCCUAUAUAAAGUCCAAUCCUCGCAAUCCCACCACAAAUCACGCUUCUCAUCCACCGCCACCACCACCACCGCCACUACCUCCUCCGCAGAAUCAUACACCGUGCAUCUGCACGCAUGGAACUGCAGCUGUGCAGCUUUUGCAUUUAGUGCCUUCUCAGCUACGUCCUCGGCCGGUUCUGCUCCUUGGGUGCUCACGGCAAAUUCUAAGGACCAUGGAGGAUCUGAUGAUGAUGAUGAUGAUAUUGAAGGCGCUGGCGAGGAGUGGGAGUUUGGCGGGCUGGGGUUUGGUAGGGAUGGGGAUGGUGUGCCGGUGUGUAAGCAUUUGCUGGCUUGCGUGUUGGUUGAGCGGUGGGGGGGUGUGAUGGGGGGUUUUGUGAAGGUUAGGAGGGUGGGGAGGGAGGAGAUGGCUGGGUUGGGGGGAGAGGGGUAG